AGAUACCAACCAAAGUGCCCAUGAUAAUCACACAUGAGAGGAGGCUGCUCUGUUGGCAUCUCCCAUACACACUUGUGGACAGUGUUAUAAACAGAACUUGAGAAACUGAAUUUUGAUGAUGGUAAAAAGUAGGAGUAUUGUCCCUUGCCCCAUGGGUCACCAGCCCACUUAGGUCUAUCUUGGGGCAAGGGGCAGCCACCCCACUUGCCUUAUCUAAUAGACUGGCCUACCAGAUGUGCAUAUCACUGUAGUCCCUCAUUGAGGGAUAAGAACACCCUGAGUUAUGAUGUCCACGUGUGACAGACCGAGAGUUUUAGAAGAGGGGAGAUGGGCAAGGGAGUGUGCCCACCAAAGACCUCCAAGCCCCCUGGUCUGGAACAUUUGGAGUUAGACGAGCAACGGACGACAGGAAGGGUGGGGGCGGGGUGUUCCGUGUGCCACAGUUGAGGAAGGCAUGGAGGUUUUGUUUCCUCUCUCAAGGCACAGUCUUGCAUUUUAGAGUUUGCAGUCCUUCUUCAUGAUGACAUCACUCCACGAUGUCAAAAGGACCUUAGCCAAGCACGACUGAAGCUGAUGCCGUGGAAGGAAGUCACAGAGAAAGGACACUAUCUGAAGGGUAACAGAGAGAUCAGAAAGACGAAAGGCUGUGACUCUCAGAGGUAGGCAGUAGCCACCCUUUAUGCAGCCAGCAUAGACCUGGAGCUAAUACGUGUGACUGAGGGUCUGUGUGUCAGGGAGAGCUGCUGCUGAUGGACACAGGCCCUGCAUCAUCAACCGAUCACUAGGGCCAUGUCAGUGGCAGCCUCUGUGAGAGACUGUGCCUCCUUGUCUUCUCUACAGAAAAACCAAGUGGUUAUGUAUGAGGCUGGCAGAGUGCUUCAGACUGGGGCUCCCCAGAUGAAGGGCUUCAGGCUAGCGCUAGUGCCAGGCCCUUCACGGCUCAGCCUGGGGAUCAUGCUGGUGUUGUUACUGAUUUUCCUGCCAGGAUUAUACUGCGACCUGGGAUCAGUAUAUUACUCUACCUACGAAAUAGUCAUCCCCAAGUGUCUGACAGUCAAGGGAAGGGAAGACCCAGUGGAAAAGGCAUCUUACAUGCUAUUUAUGCAGGGCCAGAAGCAGCUGAUUCACCUGAAGGUGAAGAGAGACUAUUUUGUGGAUAACUUUCCAGUCUUCAGCUACCACGAUGGCAGCCUGGGACAAGAAAUGCCCUUCAUCUCACGUGACUGUCACUACGAAGGCUACAUAGAAGGCAUCCCAGGUUCUUUUGUUUCUGUCAACACCUGCUCAGGCCUCAGGGGCAUCCUGAUUAAGGGGGGAAAAUCCUAUGGCAUUGAGCCCAUGGACUCUUCAAAACGGUUUGAACACGUGUUGUACACCAUGGCACACGAAGCUGGAAUCUCCUGUAGUGUCACUUCCGAAGACAGCCAAGUGGCGUCCACCAGCCAGCAACAAGGGAGCAGGAAGCCUCACAGUCCACAGGCGCUGUCCUACUUGUGGUCACACACCAAGUAUGUGGAGAUGUUUGUCGUGGUCAACAACCAGCGGUUCCAAAUGUGGGGCAGUAACAUCAAUGAGACAGUCCAGAGAGUGAUGGACAUCAUUGCUCUGGCCAACAGCUUCACUAGGGGAAUAAACACCGAGGUGGUGCUGGCUGGAAUGGAGAUUUGGACCGAGGGGGACCUCAUAGAGGUCCCAGUGGACUUGCAAGUUACACUCAAGAAUUUCAAUAGCUGGAGACAAGAGAAGCUCUUCCAACGUGUGAAGCAUGAUGUCGCCCACAUGAUUGUUGGACAUCGUCCUGAAGAGGAUAUGGGACAGGCAUUUCUCAACGGUGCCUGUUCAAGCGGCUUUGCAGCAGCUGUUGAAUCCUUCCAUCAUGAAGAUGUCCUCCUGUUUGCAGCGCUCAUGGUCCAUGAGCUGGGGCACAACUUGGGUAUUCAGCACGACCACUCGGCCUGCAUUUGUAAAGAUACACGCUUUUGCCUCAUGCAUGAAAAUAUCACUAAAGAAAGUGGCUUCAGCAACUGCAGCUCUGAUGACUUCUACCAGUUCCUCCUUGAACUCAAAGGCGCCUGCCUAUUCAACAAGCCUCAGCACAAAGGCCGCAUGCGUAGGGAUGCUGAGUGUGGUAAUGGUGUGGUGGAAGGCGAUGAGCAGUGUGACUGUGGUUCUUUCUGUGACAAUAACCCAUGCUGUGACCAAACAUGUAAUCUGAAGGAGCAUGCAAAGUGUACUCCUGGACCCUGUUGUAAUAUUUCAUGCCAAUUUGAAGCAUGUGGACACAAGUGCCGUCCUGCUUCGGGAGAAUGUGACCUCCCAGAGUAUUGUGAUGGUAACUCUGAUGCGUGCCCUGAAGAUAGCUACAAACAAGAUGGUACAACAUGUGCACAAGAUCACUAUUGUACUCAGGGUCAGUGCAGGGACCUUGACGAACAAUGCCUAAAUAUUUUUGGGUACCCUGCAAGAUCCGCUCCAGUAGACUGUUACAUUUCAAUGAACAGCAAAGGGGACCGGUUUGGAAAUUGUGGCCAUCCCACCUUGGAUAACCCAGCAUAUGUUCAGUGUGAAGCUGACAAUAUGUUUUGUGGGAAAGUUAUAUGUACAAAUAUUAGACGGGUACCAUCAAUCAAACCCCAACAUACAGUGAUCCAGGUCCCAUAUGAAGAUGACUGGUGCUGGAGCAUGGACAUGUAUAGUACUACUGACAUCCCCGAUGAUGGAGAUGUGCACAGUGGCACUCUUUGUGCCCCCGAUAAAGUGUGCAUGAGUCACUCCUGCACUGAUCACGCUGUGCUCAACUAUGACUGCAAUCCAGCGGAAAUGUGUGCUGGAAAAGGAGUUUGCAACAAUUUAAAGCACUGCCAUUGUGAUUUUGGCUAUGCCCCUCCUGACUGCAAAACUCCAGGAAAUGGGGGUAGUGUAGACAGUGGCCCCGCUGGUUUGCCAAGUGCAGAAGAGCCAGGUGGAAGUGAAAGUGGAAACACUACCAGUCGUCCCAAACGUGAAGAAUUUUUCUUAGACCUCAUGGUCUUAUUACUCAUUAUACUUUUAAUCAUAAUAUUACUAAUUAUAAUUAUUUGUGCCAUCCUCGCUUGCAAACGUUCAGCAGCAGAAGAGCCCACAGUAAAGGGUCCAGAAGAGGCUGCAGAAAAGCCCCCAGAACAGGAGCCUGAAAAGGCUGCCCCAGAAGAGGCUGCCCCAGAAGAGGCUGCCUCAGAAGAGGCUGCCCCAGAAGAGGCUGCCCCAGAAGAGGCUCCCUCAGAGGAAGGAAGCGAAGAGGAAGAAUCAGAGCCAUAG